AAGAUGCCAAUUCGUCUACAAAAUGGCGAGCAAGGAUUACUAGCAAAAGGUGAACUAGGUGAAGCUGUUAAAGAUUUGCCAUUAUAUGAUGUUAAUACCAUUACAGAUCAAAGACUUUUAUCUG